UUAUGGGGCUGGCCGUGGGGUGACAGGCGAAGUGGAUGGAUGAAAGGAACUGUGGCUGACCAGCAGGUGUGCCUCCAGGGUCGGAAAGCUUUUAGGGCAGGGAUUGUUAAAAUGGUUGGAAGCAAAGAGUGGCAGGGCAGGAGAGAAGGACCCUUUGCCACAUGGGUGGCAGACGAAACUGGAGACUGGAGAAGGAAGCGGGCGCGGGAGGUGCCGAAUCUGCCAAGGCAGCUGGUAGAAGACUGAUGCUUGGUUGGCCGGAAACGCUGGCUGCUGCUCCCAUGGCGUUUGGGGAAUGCGUCCCUUCGGUGCCCACUCAGGAUCCCGCACUUGGAAGCAAGAUCGAACUCCAGCACAGAGGACUCAAGUGCAGAUAGCAGAAGCAUCCAGGCACAGGGCAAGGGCUGCUGUCCUAUUCCUGAGAGGUUGCUCUGGGGAUGACGUGCUCGGUGAGCCAUGAUUCCGGUCACAGAAUUGCGCUACUUUGCCGACACCCAGCCAGCGUACCGCAUCCUGAAGCCCUGGUGGGAUGUGUUCACCGAUUACAUCUCCAUCGUAAUGCUGAUGAUUGCUGUGUUUGGUGGGACGCUGCAAGUCACCCAGGACAAAAUGAUUUGCUUGCCUUGCAAAUGGGUUACCAAAGAUGCUUGCAAUGACUCUUCCAGGGACUGGCCAUCUGCAAGCUCUGAUGCGAGCUUUUACAACUCUUCUCUGGUGCCCUCGCCAGACACGGGUCCAACCGGGAUCAAGUACGACCUCGACAGGCACCAGUAUAACUACGUGGACGCCGUCUGCUAUGAAAACCGCCUCCAUUGGUUUGCCAAGUACUUCCCUUACCUGGUGCUGCUUCACACUCUGAUCUUCUUGGCUUGCAGCAACUUCUGGUUCAAGUUUCCCAGGACCAGCUCCAAGCUGGAGCAUUUUGUCUCCAUCCUGCUCAAGUGCUUUGACUCCCCAUGGACCACAAGGGCUCUAUCUGAGACGGUGGUGGAAGAGAGCGACCCCAAGCCAGCCUUUGGGAAGAUGAACGGCUCCACGGAAAAGAAAUCUUCCACAGUCAGUGAGGAUGUGGAAGCCACGGCCCCGAUGUUGCACAGGACCAAGUCUCGCGUCGAGCAAGGGAUUGUCGACCGGACGGAGAACGGCGUUUUGGACAAGAAGGAAGGGGAGCAAGCCAAAGCCCUCUUUGAGAAGGUCAAGAAGUUCCGCACGCAUGUGGAGGAAGGAGACAUCGUCUAUCGCCUCUACAUGAGACAGACCAUCAUCAAGGUCAUCAAAUUCAUCCUCAUCAUUUCCUACACUGUCUACUACGUCAACAACAUUACCUUCGAUGUCGACUGCAAGGUGGACAUCGAGAGCCUGACGGGCUAUCGCAUGUACCGUUGUGCUCACCCACUGGCCACCCUCUUCAAAAUCCUGGCUUCCUUCUACAUCAGCCUGGUGAUCUUCUACGGCUUGAUCUGCAUGUACACUCUCUGGUGGAUGCUCCGCCGCUCGCUCAAGAAGUACUCCUUCGAGUCCAUCCGGGAAGAGAGCAGCUACAGCGACAUCCCUGACGUCAAGAAUGACUUUGCGUUCAUGCUGCACCUCAUUGACCAGUAUGACCCCCUGUACUCCAAGCGCUUUGCUGUCUUCCUCUCCGAGGUGAGCGAGAACAAACUUCGGCAGCUGAACCUCAACAACGAGUGGACCUUGGAUAAGCUGCGCCAGAGGAUCACCAAGAACUCCCAGGACAAGCUGGAGCUGCAUCUCUUCAUGCUCAGCGGCAUCCCAGACACAGUCUUCGACCUUGUGGAGCUGGAGGUCUUGAAGCUGGAGCUCAUCCCGGAUGUCACCAUCCCGCCAAGCAUUGCUCAGCUCACCAGCCUCAAGGAGCUGUGGCUGUACCACACGGCUGCCAAAAUCGAGGCCCCAGCACUGGCCUUCCUGAGGGAAAACUUGAAAUCCUUGCACAUCAAAUUCACAGACAUCAAGGAGAUACCACUGUGGAUUUAUAGCUUGAAGACUUUGGAGGAGCUCCAUCUGACAGGCAACCUGAGCGCCGAGAACAACCGGUAUAUUGUGAUUGAUGGCCUGCGGGAGCUGAAGAGGCUGAGGGUGCUGAGGCUGAAGAGCAAUUUAACCAAGCUGCCCCAGGUUGUGACAGACGUGGGGGUUCAUCUCCAGAAGCUCUCCAUCAACAACGAGGGCACCAAGCUCAUCGUUCUCAACAGCCUGAAGAAGAUGGUCAACCUGACGGAGCUGGAGCUCAUCCGCUGCGACCUGGAGCGCAUCCCUCACUCCAUCUUUAGCCUCCACAAUCUCCAGGAGAUAGACCUCAAAGACAAUAACCUCAAGACCAUCGAAGAGAUCAUCAGCUUCCAGCACUUGCACCGUCUCACUUGCCUUAAGCUGUGGUACAACCACAUCGCCUACAUCCCCGUGCAGAUCGGCAACCUCACCAAUCUGGAGCGCCUUUACCUGAACCGCAACAAGAUCGAGAAGAUCCCCACCCAGCUCUUCUAUUGCCGGAAGCUCCGGUAUUUGGAUCUCAGCCACAAUCUCUUGGUCUCCAUCCCAGCAGACAUUGGGCUGUUGCAGAAUCUGCAAAACCUCGCUGUGACGGCCAACAGGAUCGAGAGCCUCCCCGCCGAGCUCUUCCAGUGCCGGAAACUUCGGACUUUGCACCUGGGCAACAACGUGCUGCAGGCCCUGCCCUCCCGGGUGGGCGAGCUGGCGAGCCUGUCGCAGAUCGAACUGCGAGGCAACCGCCUGGAGUGCCUGCCGGUGGAGCUGGGCGACUGCCCUCUGCUGAAGCGGAGCGGGCUGGUGGUGGAAGAGGACCUCUUCAACACCCUGCCCCUGGAGGUCAAGGAGCGGCUUUGGCGGGCGGACAAGGAGCAGCCCUGAGGCUCUUUCGCAGAGGGGCAGGGGCAAGCCAGCACCUCAGACCAAGUAGCCAGGGGGGAGCCGCUGCCUGUCCCGCCCCCUUGUUCCCUUUCCCAGCCAGAACCAGACGAGUCAAGACCCCUGCUCAGCCUGCCGCACGUGGCGAGACCGCCCGCUCCUUCGGGACGAAGGCUUUGAGGGAGGCGAGGAGGGCCGAGGGCGGCCGGGGCAAGAGGACCAGCUGCGCAGACGGGAGACGGUGUUGUACGUUGCUGGACGGGAAGUAUGUGAUGCCGCUGCUCUCGCUGCCAGGAAGGGGGACCCCAGCUUGUGCUAAACGCUCGGAGCUGUCCCUGGAUCAAAAAGCCGGACCAGGGCGGCAGCGCGACGUGCCUGGCCCCAUCCAGCCUUCCCGCGGCAGCGCCAUGCCUCCCGCACCCGAGCCCUCGGCUGUCGCGCAAGCCAAAGACGGGAUUCUUUCUUCAGCCUUUCUUUCACGACAUGACGGCCCUCAUUUUGUGGCACGCCAGCUGAACCACUGGCUCACUGGGUAGGCGGCCCUUUGCAACUGGGCACCCUCUAGGUGCUCUGGACAGUGACCUCCUGCAUUCUGGACCGUGGGACGUGUUGGCUGGAAGCUGGAGUCCCUGUGCACGUGGAGGGCAGAGGCUGAGCUAGGCCGUUUUUGGAGGAGGUGAUCAGAAGACGUUUGUUCUUUUUUUCUUCCUGCGCCCACCACUCUUGAUGCUGGCAUUGUUUUUUAAAUCUUCUGUUGUUUUACCUUGGAUCACUAUGCAAAAUGUGACUUUCUUCUUCAAAAUCCCGCUCCCUCCCCACUGCCCUUUCCUGUUCUGAAAUUGGAUCUAAACCUGAUUCAUUUGUUACCCAUUCCUGGAUGGGACAAACCAUAAAAUGCCACGACUCCAAGGUGUUACCUGACCUAAUCUUUUGUCUGGAUAAGGAUACUGGUCUGUAAAAGUGAUUUUCCAGUAGCAAAGCCCCUUUGGUGGCAGAAAUCAUAAUCUACACGGAGCAGUGUGUGUAUUUAAUUUCUGAAACUGACUUCUAAACAGUUCUUUUCCCUCCUAACACUUGGGGGUGUUUGAAACACUGCAGUCAGUUCAAAAACAUCCCUUUGGAGAGGAGAUGGUGAUUUAAAAACACUAAGAGAGACAGCAUUCCUCUGCAUCAGGGCUGACCAGAAGCUGGGCCCAAUGUUUUGGAUUUCGGAUUCCAAAAGUCUCUGACGAGCAUGGCCAACGAUAGGAAGGCUGGGAACUGAAGUUGCCACGUGCCUCUGGAAAACUACCUUCUGUCAGUCCUGUUCUACUUUCUCUUUUGGGCACGUUUUGAGAUGCUACCAAUAUUUUCUCUAAGGCUAAAACUACAACCCUUUCCCCUUUAUGAUUUUUUAAAAUAUAGCAGCUGGUCUGUUUUUGGUUUUUGCUUUCCUGGCAACUGUGUAGCCUGAGAAGCAUCGGGUCUUUUCUGCCCUUCUCAGAACUUGUCGCCGGGGCAAGCAGCCUGGUUGCUGGAUCUUGGUGACUGGAGCUGAGCAGUCUGGUCUGUAUGCCUUUAAUUCCCUCUUCGGCAUUAAAAGAAGAGCAUAACACACCUUUGAAGGGGCUUGUGUGCUUUGAUUUCCUGCUUCUAGGAGGUCUUGCACUAAGAAUCAAGGAACCCAUAAGAAUUUGCACUACUGUUCGGUCCAUCUGUCUAGCGGGAAGGUGACUUUUUUUAAUGGCAACAAACUCGUUGUAAAAACAGGCACUCGGAGCACAGCGUGUCCUGGGGCUAGAAAUUGCUCUGUUCAGUAGGGUGGGGCUCAAGCCUCUGGCAGGGAAGGGAGCAAGCGGUGGCAAGCCUUUCAGAGCUUUUGCCUCCAGCCGGAAAGGUGUUGGUUGUGGCCCAGCGUGCUUGUGCUUGUGAACGUCCAAGCCCCGCUCCCUUCUCCCCUUGUCGAUGUUUCUGGCAGUAAAGAGGAUCCAAAAGCCACCUCUAGCUUCUGCGUUCUUCCGCAUCCGAUGUAAUAGGAGAAAGGCACCCCCUGCCCUGCACACUCGCCAUGCCGAAAAGCCACGCUCACCAGGCACCUGGUCUUGUCAAUGUUUAAAUAAAGCUACAUGGAUAUCCGGAAAAAAA